GUCCCGGGGGUGGUGUGCGGCCGGUCGGGGAGUUGUAGAAGUGAUUUUCGUUGUUUUCUCCGUCGUUCUCGUCAUCCUAACCAAAACUCGUCAAGAUAUACUCUCACCUAACUCUUGAGUCUUUCCCUGUGCUCUCCUUUCCUCUCCGUCGCCUCGAACUGAAGCACGUGCUACCCAAGGACGUCUGGGUGUGGACCAGCAGAACGCGAGUUGAUCAGACGCGCCAUCAACGGGACCUUCCGACCAAUUUCGCCGCACUUAAUCGUGGUACGUCGACAUAGAAUUUGCAUUGGGUAUCAAUCGGAAUUUUUGGCCUCAUUCAACGACGUUAGUAUCGUCUGACUUCCUUGAGUGAACUUUCAUCGUUUUUUUUGAUAUGAGCAACGAAGCCGGACCGCACCAUGGGGCUUCUCAGCGGACAGUGGAAGCGUCUGCAUUGAAUGAGGUACCUGUCAAUCAAGAGACAGACGUUGUGAAAGAAGAACUUGAGAGAAACACUGUGUCACCACCAGACAUGGGCGAUUCUGACUAUGUUGCAGACUUUGAUCCUACAUCUUUAUCUGCCCUUUCAGAUGAUGUUUAUCAUCCUAAUGAUAGUAUACCUAGCAUGAAAGAGAAGAGCCUUCGUCGAACUAAAAGUUCUAGUUCAGUUCCCGGUGAUGCACCUCUACUUCUGAGUGGAUUUCCCGUUCAUGGCAAUAUGCAUUUUCCUCAAAUGCCUGGACAGUAUCCUCCGUCAUACUUUCCUCAUAACUUAGGAGUGUUUCAAACGCAGGACAUGAUGGCUCUGAUGGGCGGACAAAUGCUGCCUCCCGAGAUAGCAAUGCAACUUAUUGGAGCAGGAGGAGGGCAACAUGUGAUGAGAGGAGGAAGAGGUAGAGGCCGGGGCGGGAGGACAAACGACAGAGACAGGUCACCUCCACAAGGAGAUGAACUAAAGGCUAUGCUCAAACGACAACUGGAGUAUUACUUCUCUAGAGAGAAUUUAGCAACCGAUAGUUACUUAUUAUCUCAGAUGGACAAGGAUCAGUUUGUACCUAUCCGAGUAGUGGCUAACUUCAACCAGGUGAAGCGACUCACAGAGGAUUUUGGCCUUAUUGUUGAGGUUUUAAAAGACUCUGAUAACGUCCAGGUUGACAGUUCAGGUGAGAAGGUCCGUCCUAAUAGUCAACGCAGCACUCUUAUCUUACGAGAAAUUCCUCAAGCAACUCCAUUAGAGGAUGUACAAGCACUCUUCUCUGGUGAAAAUUGCCCCAAGUUCUCAUCAUGUGACUAUGCUGCCAAUGACAGUUGGUACGUCAACUUUGAGAACCAGCAUGAUGCAGAGAAGGCAUUUAGGUAUCUGAGAGAAGAAGUUAGAGAAUUUCAGGGAAAGCCAAUCUUGGCAAGAAUCAAGACUAAGUCAAUAAGUUCAAAGUCGAAGAAUGGACUUAGACAAUCAACUAGUGCAGAACACGUCAACUUGCCACAGCAAAGAUUUCAACCGCCGUCUCUUUCUGGAGGACAGCCGUUGCUUUUGCCAACAGGUCAGAUGAUACACACUCCGUACUCAGCUCCACCAUUUGGAGUUGAACCACAGAUGUUUCAGAAUUUUAAUGCUGCCUACAGGCAGUCAGUGAUGAAACCUUCUUAUGGCCAAAGCAAUCGAUCAGACUUUCAUCAACACAGGCCAAGAGCUGGUCGAGGUGGUGGUUAUCAAGGCAAUCGCACUGGAGGCUAUGACUCUUUUAGAAGCAGCAACUAUGAUUCUCGUCGGCAGAACAGCCACCACUCGGGUAGUAGCACUAGCCAUGGAGGAAGCAGUAACUCUUCUAUGGAUCAUGGAGGCAAGGGAGAUCGACAUCAAGAUUUCCAUUAUAAUGAUCGUUAUGGUGUACGAAGUGGAGAGUUUAGACGAGAGGGGCAACCUCCGAGGAGACAGGGUAGGUCAGGAAGAGGAGCGAUGGGAGGAGGAAGAGGAGGUCUGCGACCACGAGAUUUGUAUGAAGAGAACUCAAAACCCCCUCGUCAUCAACGACUACAGCAGCAGCAACAGUUGCAGCAGCAGCGGAAAUUAGAUUUAGCGCCAAGUCAGUUUCCUCCACUCAGUAAAUCAACUCAUCAGCAGUCUUCUGGACCAGCGAUGAGUCGGUCUGCUGACGAUGUUCGUCAGUUGUCUGAAGUUGUCAAAGGCUCAAAAGAGCCACAGAAGCUAUCCUCUUCUAAUCGUGAAACAUCUACUGUUGGUACAUCAUCAGUAGACAAGACCAUAACAGGAAAAGCUACUGAUGGCUCAGUUAUUCAGGCAGAUAGAAAUCCCACUUCUGCUGAUGAUGUCAUCAAAGCCAAUAGCAGCAAUGAACCUAAUAUUCCAGGUUCUUCCCCACCUCCAGAGAGUAGUGUUUCAGCACCAAGCACUCCUGCACCCUCAGCAUCAAACAGCCCGCCAUUAUCACCUCAACAUAAGUCUGCUGCACUGCUGGCAGCUGACACCCCACUUUCACAACAAUCUCUGCCUCUUCACCAUAGCCAAAAAGUCAGCAAGUCUGCAGAGAGUCUAAAGGCUACUGGCGAAGGUCAGACAGAGAGGACAAAUAGGGGUAACAAAAGGAAUGAGAAAGGAGUGAAACAAAGUCGAUCGAGUGACAACAUCAAAGACGAUGUGAACACAAGGAGAGCAAGUGGUAGUGAUGCCGGUUCGGUGACCGACGAGAGGUUGAGCUAUGCUGACGUGAUGCGAAGAAGCAGUGGAAAGAAGCCCAACUCCGUCCCAUCUUCACCAUCCAAGACGGGAAAGAAAUCCGUCUAAACGUUCGCUUUUCAAGUUGAAAUCAGAACAUAAAAAUUGUAAAAUUCAGAAAAUUUGGCAUGUGGCAUUGCCAUGUUUAUCAUCCGUACAAGAAAAUUUAUGGGUGGGUGUAUGGGUUGUAACUCUAGUUGUACAAUAAUGACUUCAGGCCACCUGGCUUCAAGUCUGCUCUCUAUGUGGCUCGGUUGUGGCAGCUAACUGUAUUAUUAUGCUCUGAAGAUGGCUGGACAAGACUAUGAUCAAGACUGGUGCGCCUCUUGGCAGGCACUGUUGUUUCUGAUGUACAUCGUGUUGUGUUGUGGUGCACUCAAGGUUCCAGGCGGUCAACCUAUUAAGCAUCUGACGUCUGGUUUUAACGUUGGUCCGGUCGUUUAUUGUUUGCUGCGUUUUGGUAGCAAUGAAGGGCAUGUGGGACAGACUAUGCAAUGGAGGGGUUUUCAGUAUUUUUGUGUGUAUUCUCUUCUCUUGAGCAGUAAUCAAAUAAAAAGGGCUGGGAUUUUGUAA